AUGAAGGCUCCCAGGAGCAAAAAGGACCUGAUGAAGCUUACUGGGUGCAUGGUCGCCUUGAGUAGGUUCAUAAGCCGACUCGGCGACAAAGGCCUACCCUUCUUCAAACUUCUCCGGAUGUCCGACAAGUUCGAGUGGAACGAUGAUGCUUCUAAAACAUUGCAGGAGCUCAAGGAUUUCCUCACCACGCCACCUGUCCUAACAGCACCAGAAGAUAGGGAAGUCCUCCUCUACAUCGCCGCCACCACCAAUGUGGUGAGCACAGUCCUGGUCGUCGAACGAGAUAAGCCGGGUCUUGUCAACAAGGUGCAGCGGCCAGUUUACUUCAUCAGUGAAGUACUCGGUGAGUCUAAAGUGCGCUACCCCCAGGUGCAGAAGCUGUUGUACGCCAUCCUCAUCACGUCAAGAAAGCUUCGGCACUACUUCCAGGCUCACAAGAUCAAGGUGGCCUCCUCCUAUCCACUCGGUGACAUCCUACACAACCGAGAUGCCAACGGCCGAGUCAUCAAAUGGUCAGUAGAACUCGGCGCCUUCACAAUUGAGUUUACGCCACGCUCUAUGAUCAAAUCUCAGGCCCUGUUAUUUUUCAAGGCUACCAACAAUGCUGUCGAGUACGAGGCCCUCAUUCACGGUCUCCGGAUCGCUGUCACACUUGACAUUAAGCGAUUGUUGGCUUAUGGUAACUCCAAAGUCAUCAUACAACAAGUCAACAAAAACUGGGAGUGCACCAAGGAGAAGAUGGACGUCUACUGCAGGGAAAUCAGGAAGCUUGAAGCCAAAUUCUACGGCCUCGAGUUCCACCACAUCCCUAGGGACGACAACGUCAUGGCAGACGUCCUGUCCAAGCUCGGAUCCAAGCGAGCCCUUGUGCCAGCAGGCGACUACUACCAAGAAAGCUACAUCGAUGUCUACUACGCCUCCGUGGUGCAUCCCAGGUGCAAUGGCCAAGUCGAAAGGGCCAAUGGCUUGAUCCUCCAGGGGCUCAAGGCCAGAAUUUUUGAUCCGAUCGAAAAAUACGAUGCAAAGUGGCUCCAAGGACUACCCAGAGUAGUCUGGGGAUUCCGCACGCAGAAAAGCCGGGCUACCGGCUACUCGCCAUUCUUUAUGGUGUACGGUUUUGAAGCAGUCUUGCCAUCGGACAUAGCUUUUGGUGCUCUGCGCAUCCAGAACUAUGAUGAAAACGAAGCCGAGUCGACCCAGCGCACCGACAUCGACUCGACAGAGGAGCACUGCCUGACGGCCUCCCUACAACACGCAAGAUAUGAACAGCAGCUCCGGCGCUACCAUGAUCGCAACGUUCAAGAGCGAGACUUCAACAUCGGCAACUUGGUUCUACGACGAAUCUAG